UUGUUGUCAGCUUUGUUGCUUUACGAAUUCCCCUUUUUUCUCUUAUUUCUGCCAAGGUGCCAAAAUGAGCAGCAGCGAGGAUAAUCGCAGAACUAAGAAGGACUAUAAGAAAAGGUCAAAACAAAACAGGGAAAGGUCUAGAAGUCCAAUUGCAAGAAACCGCAGCCGCUCAACAAGCCGUGGGACGUUUGAGGAGAUUGACUCCCCAGUCCGUGACCGUUCUCGGACACCGAAGGCUCCCCAAUUCAACUGCCGUCAGUGCCGGAAAGCUUUCGACUCGAUUCGGGAGCUCGCGGAGCACGAGAUUAAAAAUCAUGAAGAUCAAUUUAAUUGCUAUCAUUGUGACAAGAAAUCCGAAUCAAUUGAGCGCCUGGCGGCCCAUACCGCCCACCGACACGGCCCAAAGCCUGUAAUCUGCGCGUAUUGCCAGGAGCCAUUUGGUAAAAGCUCUGAAUUAAUGUCAGAUGAUGAUUGGGACGAGUUCAGGGAUCAUAUUUUUAAGGAGACAGUAAAAAAGCGGAUGUAUCGCCAUGGAAGCCGUAAUUCCAGUCAAAAUGUCUCAGUUGGUGGUGCUCUCCGUGGAGUUGGAUCCUGUCCUCAUGGCCCGCCGGUCAAGUGCAAAAACUUCCCCCAAUGUCCUGGAGCCAAAUGCAUAUAUUCCCAUAAUAUGUGCCGUUAUGAGGACACUUGUAACAAAUCCACAUGUCCAUUUGAUCAUUCAAACCGCCCGAGAACCUGCAUGACCUGCGUCAACGAUAUGAAGUCCAGACGUCGAAAUUAUUGACUUUUCAGAAAAGUUAAAAAUUAUUUUUUUGCUUAUUUAAUAUAGUUGGUUUCCUAAAAAUUUAGAAAAUUCUGUCUGGAAAAGUCUGAAAUAAAUAUUUUUUUUCCC